GGGAGGGAGCGGGCGCGGGGCGGGACCGGCCCCGGGGAAGGAGCCGCCGCUGCUGCCACUGCCACCCGGUGUCCGGCCCGCCCCGGCCCCGCUGUGCCAUGGAGGACGUGCUGCCCUCGGGCCUGCUGGAGGUCUGCCUGCUGGUCGGCGUGCCCAGGGAGCGGGUGCGGGCGCUCCUCCAGGGUACUCAGAGGAAACCCAAAAGUCUUCCUCCCCUUGAUCCCGAAGUGCUUUCUGUAUUUGUGCCUCCAUUUAUCAGCAGAGAUGAUACUCAGGUGAUGAAUGCUGGUAAUAACUUGAAUAAAACUAAACGCCGGUCUUUCCGAAAGAAGAAAGAAAGACCAAAGGUUGAAAACAUCAAGAGCCUCCAUGUGGAGCAGAAAGCACCUGACACUGAGGAUGUUACAGUUCCAAAGGACAUUGAUCUUCUUGGUUUGCCUCAGCUGUGCUUCCCAGGAGGACUUUAUAUAACUUCUGAAUCAAAAGAGGACCACAUUCAUUUCCUGGUCUUCACAGAUGUCUGUGGUAACAGAACAUACGGUGUUGUUGCACAGUACUCCCAGCCUCUGCAAGAUGGCUCCAUCUCCUUGAAUGGACAGGCCCAUUGGGAAUCUGCACAGACUGGGAAGAUGCCUGUCUGUUUUGUACCAUUUGCUGUUUGUGUUAUAUCCAGAUAUCCAUAUUUUCAUGCUCUCAAGGAUUGCCUCUCUUGCUUGCUCGUGCAGCUGCGGCCUCUUAAGGAUUUGGAUGUUGAGGAGCACAUCAAAGAAUUUGCAGCAAAGUUGUUUUUAAUCCCCAGCCCACCACCAGGACCACUCCACUUGGUAUUUAAUAUGAAACCACUUCAGAUAAUAAUUCCUUCACGAGAGGAUCCGGACAGUCCAAUUAUUGACUUGGAUCUUCAUCUUCCAUUGCUGUGUUUCAGGCCCGAGCAGGUGCUGCAGAUUAUGACCUGUAUCUUGACUGAGCAGAGGAUAGUUUUCUUCUCCUCUGACUGGGCUCUGCUGACACUCGUUGCUGAAUGCUUCAUGUUGUACCUUCACCCUCUUCAGUGGCAACACACUUUUGUGCCUCUUCUGUCUCGACAAAUGCUGGAUUUUGUCAUGGCCCCAACAUCUUUUCUUAUGGGAUGUCAUAUUGACCAUUUUGAAGAAGUUAGCAUGGAAACUGAAGAUUUAAUUCUAAUUAAUAUAGAUAAUGGAGAUAUUACACACUCCAAAAUGACUGAAGAGGAACCUGAAAUUCCAGAUGUUCCAGCACAAGCAGCAGAAACUUUCAUAAAGAGGGUGGAGAGUCUCCAGCUGCAUUAUGAUCUAGAGCUCUGCCACCUCCAAGCCAGCACAGAUCUUGGUGAGCUCCAAACACGUAGAAGGGUUUGGCAACAGAAACUGAAUGCAGAGGUUCAGCAAACAGCUUUGCAGUUAAUUGUUAAUAUCUUCAGGGAGGUAAAAGACCAUCUAAAUUAUGAACACAGAGUGUUCAACAGUGAAGAAUUCCUGAAAACAAGGGCAAUUGGAGACCAGCCAUUCUACAGAAAGGUCUUAGAGACCUACAUGUUUCACUCUUUUCUUAAAGCUCGUCUCAACAGAAAGAUGGAUGCUUUCGCUCGAAUGGACUUGAGCACCCAGUCUGAAGAGGACAGAUUAAACUUGAUGUUUCAUACUCCGAGAAGACUGACUAUGGAGAAAAUGGCUUUGAAACGAUUCAACCCGCAGUACAUGGUGAGCAGGCGGAUGGUGAUCAGUAUGCCUGAUCUGCAGGAGAUCAAGCUGCCAGAAGCCCCUACCAGAAAAUCCUCGCUUCGAAGACUAGAAACAGGAGUUGCUGUGAGAAUGCCCUCCAGAUCAGUCAGUACAUUCAAAAUCCCAGAAAUCCACUUUCCUCUGAUCUUCCAGUGUGUUCACUCCUACUACACAGACUUCUAUAACCACCUCAGCAAAGCUAUAAACACCUUACCACCUGAUAACUCCGCACUGCUAGCACGGUACUUCUACCUCCGGGGACUUAUCAGCUUGAUGCAAGGGAAACUACUAAAUGCACUUUCUGACUUUCAGAACUUAGAUAAAACAGACUUAAGAAUUUUCCCUACUGAUCUUGUAAGGAAAAUAGUGGAAACCAUGGCUCCUGCUGAGCGCUUGCAAGCGGACCGCAAGCCCGAGCUCAAGAAACUCAUAAGUCGAGUGAUGGAAAACCAAAGAGAAAUUAUGAAAAUAGAUGACCAUGUAAAAAACUUUGAGUUGCCAAAAACCCACAUGCAACUGGAUGACUUUGUGAGGCGGAUCCAGGAAUCUGGGAUUGUCAAAGACAUAGACACUAUCCAUCGGUUAUUUGAUGCCCUAACAGUAGGCCAUCAGAAACAAAUUGACCCUGAAACAUUCAGAGAUUUCUACAACUACUGGAAAGAAACUGAAGCAGAAGCUCAAGAGGUGAAUCUGCCACCAACAGUAAUAGAGCAUCUAGAUAAAAAUGAAUGUGUCUACAAGUUAUCCUGCUCAGUUAAAACUAACUAUGGUGUAGGAAAAAUAGCUCUGACCCAGAAGCGCUUGUUCCUUCUGACUGAGGGAGGACGUCCUGGCUAUGUCCAGAUUGCUGCUUUCAGGGAUAUUGAGGAUGUGAAGAGCACGACUGUAGCUUUCCUUCUUUUGAGAAUACCCACCCUAAGGAUUAAAACAUUAUCUAAAAAAGAAGUCUUUGAAGCUAACCUGAAAACUGAGUGUGAUCUCUGGUACCUGAUAGUGAAAGAGAUGUGGGCUGGAAAGAAGAUGGCAGAUGAUCACAAGGAUCCUCAAUAUAUUCAGCAAGCGCUGACAAACGUUCUCCUGAUGGAUGCUGUGGUUGGCGCCCUGCAGUCCUCCAAAACCAUAUAUGCAGCCUCUAAACUGUCUUACUUUGACAGGAUGAAAAAUGAAGUGCCUAUGAUGGUCCCCAAAACAACUUCAGAGACAUUAAAGCACAAGAUCAACCCCUCAGCUGGUGAGACAUUUCCACAGGCAAUUGACGUCUUGCUUUAUACACCAGGGCAUCUUGACCCUUCAGAAAGACCUGGCAAUGCUCAUCCAAAACUGUGGUGUGCUUUAAGUGAGGGGAAAGUGGUGGUCUUCGAUGCAUCUACCUGGUCUAUUCAACAGCACUGCUUCAAAAUGGGACGCUCGAAACUGACUUGUAUGAUCAUGGUGGAACAGAGUCAAGUGUGGAUUGGGUCUCAAGACUCCAAUAUUUAUAUCAUCAACACCCACAGUAUGUCUUGUAAUAAGCAACUAAAUGAUCAUCGUUCUGAUGUUACAGACAUCAUUGUGGACAAGAAGAAUGGAAUACCCAGUGAAGCGUACUCAAGCAGUUUAGAUGGAACAGUGAUUGCUUGGAACAUCAGCACUCUGAAAGUUAACCGUGUCUUCCAGCUGCCCUGCCAAAAUCUCACUUCUGUCAAGCUUCAUAAUGACCAACUGUGGUGCUGUACUGGAAGUUGCAUACUCGUAGUGUCAACUCAUGAAUUUCAACUACAGCUGAAAAUUGAGCAUCACCUGAAGGAUGUGUGUUCCUACUUCCUCUGCUUCCAGCUCUUUCCCGAGAGAUAUGAAGUGUGGGCAUCUUACUCAGGGAGUAGUGACCUUUAUGUUUGGAACACCAAAGACUUCUCACGUCCACCUCAAAAGAUUCAUCUUCAGGAUUGCUCUGAGAUCACUUGUAUGAUAAGAGUUAAAAAUCAGGUGUGGGUUGGCAGCAGUGCAAGGCUGCAGGGCAAAAGCAAAGGGAAGAUCUAUGUGAUAUGUGCUGAGAAGAAGAGUGUGGAGAAGGAGCUGGUUGGGCACGCUGACACGGUGAGGGCGCUGUGCUCAGCAGAGGACAGAUACGUCCUCAGCGGCUCUGGAAGGGAAGAAGGGAAGAUUGCCAUUUGGAAAGCUGAGUAGUGAAGCUAUCCCAAAUCCAUCUACCCGUGCUGGAAGAAGGGGAGACCUCAAGCUGUGUUUGUUCCAGCAUUUUGCAUGUAUUUCAACCCAUUGUCAGUGUUACUGCUUUAUAUUUAUUGAGUUGUUUUAGUCCCUACACUGCUGUAGGAAAUGACAGUAGAAUCUCUGCUCACACCUUGUACUGCUCCUGCACGUUGGAUAAAGAAAGGGAAAUGCAAAGAGAGGGGUGUCUGGCUUUAACCUUGACCUGUGGUGCUGCGAAGGGUCAGGGUUAGAGGCCAGACUCAGUAAUUCCACUGGAGCUCUUCCUGGGCUGUGCAUGGGGUGCCUAAAAACUGGGAUUCAAUAGUGUCUUUACAGCCUGGGAUAGCUGGAAAUGGUCCCUGAAACGAGAAAAACCAGGUGUGUUUGCUGGAUUUAUGGAGCUAUUGUAAAUACUGAGUAUCCUUUUGAACCAGCAGCCGGAUGGAGCAGGGAAGAGUGUCCAUUACCCCUGUGUGUGUGUGUAUGGUGAUGUAUUUGACAUGUAGACACUGACAGGCUUUUCCUAACAGCACUGCAAGCUCCCUGCUGCUGAAACAAGAUACUGGGAUGCUCCCAGUGACUGUUUUAAACUUGAUUUUCCUUUAAAAACAACUCGCAGCACUUGGCAUUUGUAACAGUUUGUGAAACUGGGUCUUAUGUUUCAUCUGAAGCACUUAUUUAUUUAAUUUCCAUGUAUAUUAUAUAUUAUACUUGCUUUUGGAAGCAACCCUUCGGUCAGUGUGCAAAGAACCCUCUGCCACUCCUCCCUUUGGUUCCUGUCAUCAGAGGAACUGCUGCUACUUUGUGUAGAACCCCCAGAGUCCUCAAACUACUCCUUAGUUACUAAAACAAGCAUCAUCCCAUUGCAGCCUACGGGAUCCUGAGCAGCAUUCCCGAAUCACUUCCUGGUGUACAUGGUUUUUUCCAUUCUGCUUUCUUGACCAUUCCUGACCAUUACCCACAAGUAAACCAAUGCAGAAGAGUUUUAUGUGUAUUAUCAGUGCUGAGUAAAGUGGGAUACAAUAUUUAAGGUGGUGUAAAUAGAAGGAACAAAUGGGCUACUUCUGUUCAUAGGGAUGAACCAGGGCAGGCCUACUACAGGUGUAAACUACUGGAAAUACUCUGUGUAAAGUUUGAACUCUUCUAAUGUCCUGAUAAAAAGGUUUUAGCAUAUGAUGAUAACUGAAGUUUGAUGUGUUUAGUCUUUUUAUUUUCAAUGUAAGAACAUUAAACACUAUAUUGAUCCUGUA